AUGGACGGAGACGACGAGAGUCAUGUGCGCCACGUAGAUAAGGGCAAAGCGCGAGCAAGGUCUCCAGAAACGACGGAGAGGACGCCGCUCUUACCCUCUUCCUCCCGCGUCGACCUUGAUGACCUCGAACCGGCCUCGCAUUCCAGGCGUUCCCUCGCCGCCCGCCUCGUCCGCGUCUUCCUCAUCACCAUCGCUGUAUGCGUCGCGUUGCUACUGUUUCUCCUGCUCUUGGCUUGGUCGUAUGCUGGCCGAGCCUCCCACAUGUCGCCGGAGGACCUCAUGGCCCGUGCUCUGGUCAUGCGGGGUCCGGACCGCUUGACGGUGAUCAACAUCACCCAAGAAAGCGGAAUAUGGCUUAGGGUGAAAGGAAGAGUGGGAUUGGAUGCGGGGGAGGUGAUCGGGGUGAACAGUCCGGAGGACGACAAUGACAACAUCCUCAAGUACUUCUGGAAGGCGUGGGGUCGGUGGGGCAUCGCCAAGCUAGACAGCGUCUCCGUCAACAUGAGCACGAUCAGCUUAGCGUCGGAGAGACACCCAGAGAUCUUUUUGGCUACUAUAGACACCCAGCCGAUAGAAGUCCCGCUUACGACCAAUCCUCCGAAGGACCUGUCGUGGCUUUCAACGUUCUCCAUGCCGGUGUACAUCCUCCCGACACAAAACGUAUCUGCUUUGACCCACUUCGCGAUGCAAAGCUGGAGGGACGGGUCCAUCUCUGUGAAAGCGACUGUAGAUAGGGCGGAAGUGCGCGGGGGCAGAGGUUGGAGGCGGAAUCUGAAGACUGUCCGCUCUGGUAUCAAAACAAUCGUCAGGCAAAAGCUUCCCGCCUUACCCGGACUGCCAACUCCGGGGCACAACAACCCGUUUCCUGCGUUUUCUGACCUGGUCACUCUCCGGUCUUUCAAUCUUACCUCCUCCGAUCAGACCUUGAACGUUACCGCCGAGGCGACUGCUAUAAAUCCGGUUCCGGAGUCUAUAGACUUUACGGCGCCCUCGCUGCCCUUCAUCAUCUCCCUUCCCUCCAUCAGCAAUAGGACUUCGACGCCGGUGCCAGUAGCGGCCGUCACUUCCGCACCAUUUACGCUCUCUCGGCCGAACAUCACAUUGCAUGCGACUGGCAGCGUCUUACCUAUACCCGCCAAUGCGUCCGCAACCUUCUCCGCCUUCCUAGGACGCUACCUAUCUGCCCUCCCUAAUCCGAUCAUUAUAUCUACGGACCUCUUCCCCAGCUAUACGUUGGACGCUGUCUUUCCCGCGCCGAACCCGAAGCCUCAAAUCCUCCGGGAUGUGACGAUCCGCGACAUGAAGGUGAAGCCUUCUGGACCCGGCGGCGCCUUCCUUGCGAGCGGCACUGUCUAUGCGAAGAUUGUGAUGCCCCGCGGCAUGAACGUCAAAGUCGACGUCGAGCGCGUGCUACCCGACGUGCUGAUCUACGAUGGCCCGGUACCGCCGACUAUCAGUCCCGCGCCCUCACCCACCACCGAACCCGUCCAGGACGAUCCACCGCCACCACCGCCCCCGCUGCCAGAGCCGAUACCUGAGCGCGCGUUCGGACGCGUGCGGCCUGACGACUGGCUCGACGCCAUCAGUGUCCCGCUCGAAAGCGACGACGGCGAGGGAUCCGCCGUCGCCGUCAGCGCCAAGAUCGUGGACGUGCCCCUCGAGGUUCUCCCCGGUCGUGAGCGCGAGUUCAGCGACUUCAUCGGGAAGGUCGUCUUUGGGUCUCAUGGUGCGGUGGCGGGCCUGCAGGGCGUCGUCGCGGUGUCCGUCAACGUGCGUGGUCUGCCGGUGAAGAACGGCACCGGCGGGGGUAUAGAGUUGGACGGGUUGCCGUUCCAUGGCGCGGUGCGGAUCGGCAAGAAGGGCUUGUAG